CCGCUUGAUACAUUUUUCCCAUGGGCCUCAUGUUGCAUGGUCUUUCGCCUGGUUCUAUAAACCUUAUCGGGAGUAGGGAGAGUCAACAUGGCAGAAAGACUGAGAUAUAUCUGAGGACUGUGAAAGUAAAAUAAAAGACAGUUAUCAAAAAGUAAUCCAGUGAAUAUAUUUAAUUGAUUAAUAUUACGCAAACAUAACAUAACAACAUUAGUAUUGCAUAGCUAAAUUAAUUUUGCGUAAAUUUCAAACGAAACUCUGCAGUCUCUUGAUAUGGCAGCAUCUGAAGCGAUACAAGUUAGUUCUUUGCCAUUACCUCCAGUACAAUAUAUAAACUUGUACACCGAUGAAAAUGUUAGAAGAGGUCGGGCACCACGGCCACCACCACCAAUCCAUGAUACAUAUUCAAUGUUUGGCAAUGUAUUCAACGCUGAUGAUACAAUUAUUAGACCACUUGAGGCUCAAGGUAUCAAAAGACUUUAUCCACAACAUUUUGAUCGACGCCGGGAGCUUAAGAAACUUAACCACUCAUUGCUUGUCAAUUUCUUGGAUCUUAUUGACUUACUUGUUCAAUGUCCUGAUAGUCCAAGACGUGCAGAGAAGGUAGAAGAUCUAAGUUUAUUAUUCAUUCACAUUCAUCACUUGCUCAAUGAAUUUAGACCUCAUCAAGCUCGUGAGACUUUAAGAGUAAUGAUGGAACUUCAAAGGAGACAGAGAGUUGACACAGCACUUCGAUUUCAGAAACACCUUGAAAAGGUUCAGGAAAUUUUGCAACAUGCAUUACAAAUGCUUCCUGAUGGUUUAGAAUUAGAUUCCAAACUUGCAAUAAACACUGAUGCAAUGGAAGCUAUGGAUACUUUAGGACUUGAGCAAAGAGGACCUGACCUUUGCUGUCCAAGUGAUCGUAUUAUGUGUAAUGUUAUUGAUGAGAUGACUGCAAUGACAUCAAGCAACGGUUUAUUUUAAUUAAAGAUGUAAUUCUUAUCGAUUUAUUCAUUUGUUUGUAUUGACAGUCACUCUUAUCAUAAUUCACAAUUUGUAUUUUUUUAAAUUCUUUUGAUGUUUGAAUUUCUCAGAGGCAUAACACUACAUUAAAAAUAAAGAAUUUCAUGAAUUUAAAA